AUGUCAGUAGCUACUGCAAGUACCGGUCUCCAUCCAACGGGUUGCCCCGUCAUGGCACACCGGAGUGCCCCAUUGAAUAAUGAAAAGUACCCCGAGGGCCGAGAAAGCCAGAUCUUUGAGAGCCUGUCACGGUUUAAUCGUGAGAAAAUUGUGGAAAGGCCUGUGCAUGCCAAGGGCGCUGGAGCAUAUGGAGUAUUUGAGGUGACUCACGACAUAUCCGAUGUCUGCGAAAUUGAUGCUCUCCUUGGGGUCGGGAAAAAAAUACCCUGUGUUACUCGCUUUUCUACCACUGGCCUUGAGCGCGGGUCUGCCGAUGGUGCCCGGGACUUGAAGGGCAUGGCGACCAAGCUCUUCACGAAGGACGGUGAAUGGGACUGGGUGGGCCUGAACUUUCCGUUAUUCUUCAUUCGAGACCCUGCCAAGUUUCCAGACCUCAUGCACGCUCAACGACGGGAUCCUCAGAACAACCUCUUGAAUCCGAAUAUGCUGUGGGAGUUCUUGACGGAGAAUCAUGAAGCCCUUCAUAUGUCACUCAUCCAGUUCAGUGACUUUGGUACCAUGUUUAGCUGGCGCAAUCUCAGCGCCUACACAGGCCAUGCUUUCAAAUGGGUCAAGGCAGAUGGCUCCUUCAAAUACGUGCAUCUGUUCCUGUCCUCGGAUAAGGGGCCCAAUCUCGAGACGGGCGAGCAGGCUUUCAGCUCAGAAACUGAUCCCGACCAGGCAACCAAAGAUCUUUUUGAGGCCAUUGAGCGGGGAGACAAUCCCACCUGGACGGUGAAUAUUCAGGUCAUCGAUCCAAAGGAUGCUCCCCGUCUUGAUUUUAAUAUUCUUGACGUGACUAAACAUUGGAAUCUGGGCAACUACCCGGAUAGUAUCCCUGUUAUUCCAUCUCGGCCAGUGGGGAAGCUUACAUUGAAUCGCAAUCCUCAGAAUUACUUUUCUGAGGUUGAACAACUGGCCUUCUCCCCUUCGCACUUAGUUCCUGGUAUUGAACCCUCAGAAGACCCUGUCCUUCAGGCUCGAAUGUUCGCGUACCCUGAUGCACAACGAUAUCGACUGGGUCAUCAUCAUAGUGCCCCUAACCAAAUUACCAAGACCCAGACCUAUACGGAAAGCCUGGGGCCCGAAUUUGCGGAAUGGCUCGCAAAAACCACUUCCAAGUCGUGGUCUCAGCCCAAUCCAGAUGACUAUAAAUUCCCUGGGAACUUUUAUGACAGACUCCCAGUACUUCGCGACCAGAAAUUUCAGGACAGAAUGGUCGAGAAUGUUGUUGAGUCUGUAUCUAUGACACGGGAUGAUGUCCGGCAGAGGGUGUACCACACAUUGGGUUUAGUUCACCCUGAGCUUGCGCAACGAGUGCGAGAUGGAGCUGAAGCUCUUGUGCAUAAACAGUCUAGCUCGACACCGAGAGGCGAUGCCGGGUCGUUGCGACUGUAG